GGUGGCGGCUGCUGCUUGUGUUGUUGGUGGCAGUGGCAGCGGCAGCGGCAGCGGCAGCGGAAGCGGCAGAGCCUGUGGCAGUGGCAGUGGCAGAGCCUGUGGCAGGUACAACAAUGAUAAGCAAUCCUGGCUCGCACACAUAACACUUUGGGGAGGCAGAGAACGGCAUGGUGAAAAUGGAGUCCACUGAAGAACAGGAUAGAAAGCUUGUUUUGGAGUUUUGCCAUUUGCUAGAGAAAUCCAAACAGCUAUUCAAUGGACUCAGAGAUCUGCCGCAGUAUGGCCAUCGGCAGUGGCAAGCGUACUUUGGACGCACCUUUGAUGUCUACACAAAGCUGUGGAAAUUCCAGCAACAACAUCGCUUGGUGCUCGACUCAAAGUAUGGACUGAAACGCUGGCAAAUUGGCGAAAUAGCCAGCAAAAUCGGACAGCUUUAUUAUCACUAUUAUUUAAGAACCAGCGAAACGAACUACCUGAAUGAGGCGUAUCAGUUCUAUGCGGCAAUACGCGGACGUGCGUAUUAUUCACGGGCCGCUAAAGAAGAUCGGCCCGAUUUGAUGGUGAAGAAGCUGCGUUAUUAUGCACGCUUCAUAGUCGUCUGUCUGCUGCUCAAGAAGAUGAAACUGGUGCGGGAGCUGGUCACCGAGUUGGAGAAACAAAUACAGGAGUACACAAACACUUACGAGCCGGAAGAUCAUUUGGAAUGGUCUCUGGUGCUUGAAGAAAUCAAGGGAUUCAUCAAGGCAGAGGCAGCUGUAGCAGUGCUGCAUGCCGACUCCAAUCCAAUCAUAUUAUCACACAGUGGUUCCGGUUCUAGGUUAUCACCGCUGACGACGCCGCCGUGCGAGCGAUCGCCGCAUAUGACCCUCAGUCUCCAGGAGAUUCUCAUUGUGGGCUCGGCAUGCGAGCAGGCCAAGUUCUCAGAGCUCACCAUGGAUAUGUUUAGGAUGCUGCAAACGCUGGAACGUGAGCCAACGGAGUCGGCAACGAAUCCGCUGAGCAUGUCCCAUGGGCUGCACGGACACGACGCAAGUCCGGCGGCCAGUCGCAUACCACCAUAUGGAGUGCCGGGAUCCAAGGGAUACUUGGAGAAUGGCCGUCAUUAUCGAGACAAUCCUCAUAAAUAUUUACUAUACAAGCCUUCGAUUAGUCAGCUAUUGGUCUUUCUGGCCAGUGGCUUUAAGGAACUGCCACUGGGAGGUGCUUUACUUUUGUACAUGUCAGCGGACGGCUGUUUCUCCACCACAAAGCACCCCGAGGACUAUGGUUAUGAGCUGGGUGGACUGGCCACCAGUGUGAAGCGCGACAGUGUCGAUGGUGGCGGACUCUCGUGUCGUGGUAAAUCUUACAAGGAGAAUCACUGUCUCUAUCCUGGCGAUCUCUAUCCGUUUACACGUCGUCCCAUGUUCAUCAUCAUCGACUCGGAUAAUUCGUUUGUCUUUCAACACAUACCCCGCUAUUUUGGUCAGCCCCUGGUCAUUCUUAUGUCACCGCAGGAUGUGCCGCCCGCAUUUCAAGCUGAUGUGCAACAUCAUGGCUCUCUGUUUACAUUAUUCCUGCAUUCUCCGCUCACGGCCCUCUGCUACAUUUGCAAUGUCGGCGAUGUGCCCAUUCAUCACUGGGAACGCUGUCAAACCUACGUGGAUCGUUUCAUCACUGAGGCCUCUCGCCUUGUCACACGUUGUCGCAUCGAUGAGAUUGAACAGGGAAUUGGGUUUAUUGACUCGUCCUAUGUUCAGUUCUUUGGCGAUGAUUUUCUGCGCACACUCAUCUUACGUUUCGUCUUCUGUGAUGUUGUGCUCCGCUUGCACCGCGGCUUUCGUGGACGCCACAUGCGACCGCGUUGCGAGCCACAGCUGCCGGCAAAUGAACUUCUGGAGCACCCCUCGCUAUCGCACAUCAUUUUCCAAUUGGCAUCGGCUCUCGAUGUGCGUGGCCAUUUCUCCGAGGGCCCCGAGUGCGACUGAUGAUUUUUUUUGGCCGUAGUCUUAGUUAUAGUCAUAAUUUUCUAUACGAGACAACAACUUAUCCAACUUGUAUCCUCGCAUUGCCUGGACAGAAACUUUCCGUUAAUACAUUAUGUGUAUAAUACUUUACCGCCGGGUUGGAAUAGGAUUAUCAGUUGGAGUUUGGGUUGGAAUGGGAGCUAAUCAAGAAUCGUACUUAGUUUAAUUUCAGUAAUGAUGUUGAGGGGGAUGAUAAUAUUUGCCGCUAUUGUCGAAAGCUGCAUAUUCAACUUUUAUAACAUACAUACAGAUAAAACCAAAUAAUAAUAUUAACAUGAAUAUACAUAAAUAAACACAAACGAGUAUAUUAUACCCGACUACUUACGAGUAUAUAAAUUAAUCAAGAAGUAAUUAGCUAGUUUUCUUAUAUAGUGCGUCGCGCAAUGGAAUGGUCCAAUGUUAGUUGCUUAGCAUAUACAUAAAAAAUGAGAGAAAAACAUAUACACAACA